AUGUUCAACAACUAUAUGGUCAACCCCACCGUUUCUUCUCCAUUCCAGCAUGACGUGCUAGCAACACUUCCUUUUUUCCCUGAAGCAGACAAAUCUGGCCGCCAAGGGAAGGUGGUCAGCACAGAGCUUCUGUCUGGUUAUCGUAUCAAUGAGUUUGCGAUAUACCCUGGCUCAUUUCAUGGAAAGCUGGGCGCAGAACAGGCUGAACUUUACCAAAAAAGCAAGCACUUGAUUAUGAUUCAUGGCUACGGUGGGGGUUUGGGUUUCUGGCUCAAGAACUUCAAUGAAAUCUCGCAGUUAGAUGACUGGGUGGUUCACUCUAUCGAUUUGCUCGGCUAUGGCUGCUCCUCGAGACCACCUUUCAAGAUAGAGGAAGAGAGUAUACAUGGGGUAGACAAAUGGUUCCAUGACUCUUUCCAAGAAUGGCUCAAGCUUCGCCGCCUUGACGAGAAGCAUCAAAACAAUUUGGUCCUUGCUCACUCCAUGGGGGCAUAUCUUAUGGGCACAUACGGGAUCAAAGUCAAUCCAUCGUUUUGCAACAAGAUGUUGAUGGUUUCCCCAGGAGCCAUCAUCAAACAUAGAAAACAGGUACCUGUUCCAGCCUAUUUCGCUCGUCUUUGGGAGCAAAAUAUAUCUCCUUUCUGCUUGGUGAGGAACACAGGUCCCAUAGGCUCCAAGUUGGUGAGUAUGUGGUCGUUUCGGCGUUUCGCUGACUUACCGAAAAAAGAGGCGACUCUUUUGCACAAAUAUGCCUACGGUAUUUUCCAAAGUCCAGGUUCUGGAGAAGAGAGGGAUUCACAAACUUCGCUGUAA